AUGCUGGUAAAAUCACCCAGAGCAGAAUAUGAGGGAGAGAAGCUUUCUUUGAAGCCCAGCGCAGCUCAUUUUUGGGAGUACAUGGAAAGCAUCUUAGACGUGUCCGAUGCACCCGGGGAAGUAGCUGUGAAUACAGCGUUGGUCAAAUACAUUAAAAAUGCCACCGACAACUACCAACAUUUCAUCAAAACCGAGCAGGGCAUGUAUCGGCUUGGUGUCACUUUCACAGAAUCGUUCAUUUUUCGCAACAACAAAGAAUUCGCAAUCGGGAAACUGCUCUCGUUACUGAGUGUGGAUUUGUUAGAGUCCAACAUGAAGUUCACCAUCAGCUAUAUUCUCUUGUGCGCCGCCAAGGGUGAUUCCUCGGUCUUAGAGCUAUUGCUUGAAUUUCAAGGUUUUACCGUCAUUUACAAUAAUUUGUACAACAUCUUUGCGUAUUUGAAUCGCUACGGAGAGGACAAGGUGCUGAAUUCCAGUGGUAGCGGCAAAAGCGAAUUUGGAUCGGGAAAUACCGACAUCGAAUGGGAAAUAAUCGACAACAUGAAGCAAGUAUCUACCAUCCUCAUGGAUAUCUUAUUCCAGGUGUUCAAAUACUCCAAAUGCGAUAUCUCAAACCUUUCUCUCGUGGAUGAUUUCUUUGUGUAUUUCAUGAUAAGCACGAUACAAUCAGAAAUUAUGGACGACAUUUUCAAUAACGCUAAAUUCAGACUGCUGCUGGCUUUAAAUGAACAAUACAUGAUAUUCUCCUACCAAUUCGAGCUGGAGAACCGCGUCUACAAAUACUUGGUUGAUCAUUCUGUUUCUAAGAAUUUUGUCGAGCUCCUGCUUUUGAAGUUUAACAGAGUGACCAACAGAUCUCUGCAGAUCAUGCUAUGCAAAGUAGUAUACCUGAUAUUAACGAUAGAUAAAGAUUCUGCGGAGGACUUCUUUUAUUUGAACGAUCUACACGUUUUCGUUGACGUUUUGAUUAGAGAGCUCAAUAAUAUUCCUGACGAUGAGGAACUUAUUAGAAACACUUUUCUUCGGGUUCUAUUUCCCUUGUUAAACAACACCGAGCUGGCGCACACAAAAUACCGUAGAUCUGAUUUGAUACACGUUCUGGAAAACUUGUCGUCGCUCGAUAAUAUAUGCUCGUCUGAGGUAAAACCGGUACACAAAACCACUGUUAGGUUGGCACAAAAAUGCCUGCAACAAGUUGAAUGGUUAAAGCCUUACUCAACCGAUUUUGAUAAGCUAGUGAAGGUUGACACUGACGACUCUAGAAGAUCAAGCGUCAGCUUGAACUCAGCUUCUUCAAAUCGCGGAUUUGGAUUGGAAAGACGACCACCUCAUCUGUAUCUAAACUCCGACGCCUCAUUAUCAGCGGAGUCUAUAACGAAACGAUUACAACCUCCAGCACCGCCCCCAGCUCGAAAGUUUCCUUCGCGCCAAGGUAGUGGUCAAAAAAUAGCACAAUUCAAACCAUCGUAG